GACCGGGAUCAGCACUGGGACCAGGAUCAGCACCGGGACCGGCUCCGGGAUCGGGACAGGGACCGGCACCAGGACCGGCAUCGGUACCGGCACCGGGAUCGGGACCAGCAUUGGUACCGGGAUCGGCAUGGGGACCGGCAUCGGUACCGGCACCAGGAUCGGGACGGGGACCGGCACCAGGACCAGGAUCGGGAUCGGAACCGGGAUCGGCACCGGCACCAGGACCGGGAUCGGCACCGGGACCGCGAUCAGGACCGGGAUCAGGAUCGGCACCGGUAUCGGUACCGGCAACAGGACCGGGAUCGGGAUCAGGAUCGGGACCGGGAUCGGUACCAGGACCGGGAUCAGCACUGGGACCAGGAUCAGCACCGGGACCGGCUCCGGGACCGGGAUCGGUACCGGGAUCGGGUCCGGGAUCGGCAUCGGAAUCGGCAUCGGGAUCGGUACCGGCACCGGGAUCGGUACCAGGAUCGGUACCGGCACCGGGAUCGGUACCAGGAUCGGCACCGGGAUCGGGAUCGGUACCAGGAUCGGUACCAGCACUGGGAUCGGUACCGGGACCGGCCCCGGGAACGCCCCCGGUAGCCCCCAGACCCACCUUGACA